AUGGCAUAUAAUCCACUACUGACCUAUGAGCAAGACCCUUUUAGGGAUCAGCUGUCUAUUCUUAGUAUAGAGGACCCACUGACUGUCCAUAGUGUGCUGGAGGUAGAAUUAAAUACUCAAAAACCACUAGGUCUGCAUGGUAUCAGCAAUAGUAGCAGUUACAACAGUAGCAGCACAGAGGGAAAUUCUGCUACAAAACACCAUAGGACGGAUAAAGAAGAACAAGAACAAGAAAAGGAGGAGGAGGAGGAGGAGGAGGUGGAUUUAUUCGAUCCAAUACAAUUUAAACAAUCACAAGACCAAGGUGAUAUGGAACGUACCUCACUAGAUUCUUUCCGAGACGAUUUUGGGAACGUUUACGAUUCAGUAAACUUUGACAACAAGAAAUACACCCAAAAACUCACUUUCAAGGGAACCAAACUAGUUUACUUUACCUCGGCGUUUGUUAGUUUAUUUGUCAGUUUGUUCGGAUACGAACAAGGUGUAUGUAGUGGGAUUCUAGCAUUUGACACGUUUAAUUUAUACUUUAACCACCCCAGUGCAGCGACUAUUGGGCUAGUCAUAUCUAUUUUGGAAAUUGGUGCCAUGAUCAGCUCAAUACUCGUGGCUAAGAUCUCGGAUAAUUUUGGAAGGAAGAGAACAAUCUUGCUAGGGACAUUCAUCUUCAUGAUCGGUGGGACCUUGCAGUCGUUUUGUCCCAAUAUGUUUGUCUUUGCCGUGGGCAGAGUGCUUAGUGGGGUAGGAGUAGGUAUUUUAUCAACAAUUGUUCCAUCAUAUCAAUGUGAGAUAAGUCCAAGUGAAGAGAGAGGGAAGCUUGUGUGUGGUGAAUUUACAGGUAAUAUCAGUGGAUACGCAUUGAGUGUUUGGGUUGAUUAUUUUUGCUACUUCAUUCAGGAUAUAGGGAAUACGCGAAAAAACCCAAAUUCAUUUUUGGCUAAUUUAAGUUGGAGACUACCGUUAUUUAUACAAGUCGUUCUUGCUUUUGUUUUGUUUCUUGGUGGGUUUUUCAUUGUUGAGAGUCCUCGUUGGUUGUUGGAUAAUGAUAUGGACCAGCAAGGGUUUAAUGUCCUAAGUUUAUUAUAUGACUCUCAUCCACUGAGUACUAAACCCAAAACGGAGUUUUUCUUGAUCAAAAAUUCCAUUUUGCAUGAGAGGCAAACGAUACCGAAAUCAGAGAGGACGUGGAGGCUUUUGAUACUGAGGUAUAAACAAAGAGUGUUUGUUGCUUGUUCUUCACUCGUUUUUGCGCAAUUGAAUGGAAUCAAUAUCAUCUCCUAUUACGCACCCAUGGUUUUUCUUGAGGCCGGGUUUAAUGAUUCAGGAGCAUUAUUGAUGACGGGUAUAAAUGGAUUGAUUUACCUUUUAUCCACGAUCCCACCAUGGUUUCUAGUGGAUAAAUGGGGAAGACGGCCCAUUCUAAUAUCCAGUGGUAUUGCCAUGGGGGUAUGCUUAAGUCUAGUUUCCAUCUUUAUGUUUUUAAAUAAAUCGUAUACCGCAUCGAUAGUUGCAGUAUUAGUGAUAAUUUACAAUGCGUCGUUUGGAUUUGGAUUCGGGCCAAUACCAUUUUUGUUAUCUGGAGAAUCAUACCCAUUAUCAGUACGUUCGAAAGGUGUUUCCCUUGCGGUAGCGUGCAAUUGGCUAAGUAACUUUAUUGUGGGAUUAUUGGCUCCUAUAUUACGACAGAAUAUCCAAUGGGCAAUGUACUUAUUCCCAGCUGGGUCAUGUAUCCUUAGUGUUAUCUGUGUUAUAUUAUUCUACCCCGAGACCAAGGGUGCUGAAUUGGAGGAGAUUGAUGCAGUGUUUGACGAUUUUUAUGCCGAACUGCCGUUUACGAGAAUGUUUGGUAGUUUCAGUAGAAAGAGGAACAGAAACAGAAUCACAGAUGAGCAAGGUAGAAGAAUGCAUGCAGCGUAUGAUAGAUUAGAGAAUGAUUUACUUACGAGAGCAAGGAACCAUGAUGAUAGCGAUGAUGAUAUUGGUAGUGAUGAUGAAGAUAUGGUAUUGGUUGAGGAUGAGAAUAUUGAGAUGGAAGAAUUGAAUAACUUGGAUUACGAGUAUGAUACUGGGAAUAGGAAUUAA